AUGGCGCAGCUCCCCGUAGCCAUCGCCGUGAGCCUCGCGGGAGGCGUCGCGCUCCUCCUCCGCCGCCGCGGCCGGCGGAAGCGGGACGACGCAAUCCUCGAAUCAGCGGAGGAGGUCGCGGAGGCGGGGGAAGGCAGGGAGGGGGAAGGCGGACAGGGGGAGUAUGGGGAUCCGGGGGAAGACGACGAGGAGUUGGCGGAGGGGGAAGCGGGGGACGAGGCGGAGAUGGGGGAGGAGGGGGACGCGGGGGAAGCGGCGGAGGCAGCAGCGGGGUUGAAGCUGCUGAGGGAGGAGUUUGAAGCAGCCCUGCUCGAUGGCAAGGAAUUUGAUAUUGACUGGGAUGAGUUCCCCUACCACAUCAGCAACCACGCCAAGGAGCACCUGCUCGCGUCCUUCUUCGUGCAUCUCAAGCGCACGCGCCUUGCCAAGUUCGUCGCCUGCUUUCCCAACCUCAGCAACUGGAUCCUCCUCUCCGGACCUCCCGGCAGUGAGGUGUAUCAGGACACGUUAGUGAGAGCCAUUGCCAGGAAGCUCAACGCACGGCUCAUUGCUGUAGAUGCUGACAAGUUCCUCACCCCUGCGGACAUGUCAUCAGUGCCUAAGAGGAGGCCAGCAGCAGACAAGCCGCGCGACUCACUCGAUUCUACAGGCCUCUCCGACUCCCUUGACUCGCCCCUCGUAAGCUCCCUACCCCUCUCUGCCCCACCCUCCCCGCCUUGUACCCUCCCUUGA